AUGUCAACUAUGAAAACUUCAUGGAUAUUUUUCCUUCUCAUCAUUAAUCUCUCUAUUAUACCAUCAAGUAUUACUACUUCCCAUGAAGCUGAACAAUCCGAGUCUACCUUCAUUGUUCUUGUUUCUAAAUCCGAUAAACCACCGAUUUUUAAUUCUCAUCAUGAUUGGUACACUUCAACGCUCCAAUCUCUUCCACCUUAUUCACCCUCAUCUCAUCGGAAUGGUACUCGUCGCGAAACCAUUUAUACUUACGACCAUGCUAUUCAUGGUUUCGCUGCUAGACUAACACCUUCUCAAGCUUCACAUCUUCGAACUCUACCAGGAUUUAUCUCAGUCAUCCCUGAGCGUAUUCACCAAUUCUACACCACUCGUAGUCCGCAGUUUCUUGGUCUAAAUGAUGGUUUCGGUCUUUGGCCGACAUCAAAUUACGGUGAAGAUGUUAUUAUAGGUGUUCUCGAUACCGGAAUCAUGCCGGAACACAAAAGCUUUGAUGACUCAGGUUUAAAUCCUGUACCAGCAAGAUGGAGAGGUACUUGUGAGGAUGGACCUGACUUUCCGGCGUCAUCUUGUAAUCGAAAACUAAUUGGUGCUCGAUCUUUUUACAGAGGAAUUGAAGCAAAAAUUGGUCAUGCUGUCGAUGCGGACGGUACUGAAACGAGAUCCCCGAGAGAUAAACUAGGACAUGGCACACAUUGUGCAUCAACUGCAGCUGGAUCUUCCGUUAUGAAUGCUGGGUUCAGUACAUAUGCUGUCGGAGAAGCUAAAGGAAUGGCAACUAGAGCUAGAAUUGCCGCUUACAAGGUUGGUUUUGGUGUUGCGCCUGGAUCUGUUGAUUCUGAUAUUUUAGCCGCUUACAUAUGA